GCGCUCUCGCCUCCGUCGCCGGGCCGGAGUCGGAGCCGUUGCCGGAGCGGGGCGGGGGCCGGAGCCUGCGGAAUGGAGCCCCCGUGCGCGCCCGCGCUGCGCCGCCUGCUGCCGCCGCUUCUGCUCCUGCUGCUGCCACUGCCCCCCCGCGCCCGGGCCAAGUACGUGCGGGGCAACCUCAGCUCCAAGGAGGACUGGGUGUUCCUGACAAGAUUUUGUUUCCUCUCGGAUUACGGCCGACUGGACUUCCGCUUCCGUUACCCUGAGGCCAAGUGCUGUCAGAACAUCCUUCUCUAUUUUGAUGACCCAUCACAGUGGCCAGCUGUGUACAAAGCAGGGGACAAGGACUGCCUGGCCAAGGAGUCAGUGAUCAGGCCAGAGAACAACCAGGUCAUCAACCUCACCACCCAGUAUGCCUGGUCAGGCUGUCAGGUGGUGUCAGAGGAGGGAACCCGUUACCUGAGCUGCUCCAGUGGUAGAAGCUUCCGCUCUGUGCGUGAAAGGUGGUGGUACAUUGCACUCAGCAAGUGUGGGGGAGAUGGGCUGCAGCUGGAAUAUGAGAUGGUCCUCACCAAUGGCAAGUCCUUCUGGACACGACACUUCUCAGCUGAUGAGUUUGGGAUCCUGGAGACAGAUGUGACCUUCCUCCUCAUCUUCAUCCUCAUCUUCUUCCUCUCCUGUUACUUUGGAUAUUUGCUGAAAGGUCGUCAGUUGCUCCACACAACUUACAAAAUGUUCAUGGCUGCAGCAGGAGUGGAGGUCUUGAGCCUCCUGUUUUUCUGCAUCUACUGGGGUCAAUAUGCCACUGAUGGCAUUGGCAACGAAAGCAUGAAGAUCCUGGCCAAGCUGCUCUUCUCCUCCAGCUUCCUCAUCUUCCUGCUCAUGCUCAUCCUUCUGGGGAAGGGAUUCACGGUGACACGGGGCCGCAUCAGCCACUCAGGCUCUGUGAAGUUGUCUGUGUACAUGACCCUGUACACCCUCACCCACGUGGUGCUGCUCAUCUAUGAGGCCAAAGUUUUUUGCGGUCCCUGUCAUGGCCCUGAUUGCCAAUUUCGGGAUCCCCAAGUGGGCCCGGGAGAAGAUUGUCAAUGGCAUCCAGCUGGGGAUUCAUUUGUAUGCCCAUGGUGUGUUCCUGAUCAUGACUCGCCCAUCAGCGGCCAACAAGAACUUCCCGUACCACGUCCGCACGUCGCAGAUCGCCUCUGCCGGUACUCCGGGACCCGGUGGCAGCCAAUCGGCGGACAAGGCCUUCCCGCAGCACGUCUAUGGGAACGUGACGUUCAUCAGCGACUCGGUGCCCAACUUCACGGAGCUCUUCUCCAUCCCCCCGCCCACCUCCUCCGCCGGGAAGCAGGUGGAGGAGACAGCGGUAGCGGCGGCGGUGGCCCCGAGGGGCCGCGUGGUGACCACAGCCGAGCUGGGCGCAGCCUCUCCGCCCCCUCCCGCUCGGUUCCCCAAGGCGGCCGACCCGGGCUGGGAUGGCCCGACGCCACCCUACCACCCGCUCGUGCCCUCGACGGCGGCGCUGCACACUGGCUUCACCGAAUACUUCAGCAUGCACACGACUGGGGGCCCCGCACCCCCAGUCUGAGCAUCCCUGCCCGACCCAACCCAUGGGUGCGCUCCGGGCCCCGGCUGGGCUCCGGACCCCCAGCCCUGUCCCGGCCCCAGGGCUCGGCCCUCCCAGGUCCUUCCGACCCUCCCCACUCACCCCCAGCGCCCAGGUGGGAUGCGCUGCGUCCCGCCCCCACCCCUCUUGUGCCAAACGGUCCCGCGGGAGCCGCUCUCCCCGUCCCCUCCCUCAGCCCCUGCCCCGAGCGGCGCCGGAUUCUGGGCUCCCGCUGUUCCGCGAUCUUCGGCCCCCUGGCCCCCUCCGAGACUUCUGACCCCGCUGGACUUCGGACACCCAUCACGCCCGCCGGGAUCCUGACCGUGACUCUCCAGGACUGUGCGACCCCGAGCCACUGCUCCCGGGACGGAUACUGUGAAGCUGGUCUCUCUGAAACCCUCCCUUGGAUCUGUGACCGGACCCAUGCUCUCCGCUCCUGUCUGCAUUCUGGGGGCCUUCCAUAGGGUCCCUGGCAGAAAGAUUUUUCCCUUCUUGCCAAAAUAAAGAGGAUUCGUUGAGUUUUCAUCUAUAA